ACUCUUCGGAGAUGCCCAAGGACUCAUGUUCAACACAGGGAUUGGGCAGCACAUUUUGAAAAAUCCUCUAAUUGUCAACAGUAUUAUCGAUAAGGCUGCUUUAAGACCAACUGAUGUGGUGCUGGAAGUUGGGCCUGGAACUGGCAACAUGACUGUAAAAUUAUUGGAAAAAGCAAAAAAGGUAGUUGCCUGUAAACUUGAUCCAAGGCUGGUGGCUGAACUUCACAAAAGAGUUCAGGGCACUUCUCUGGCAAGCAAACUUCAAGUAAUGGUGGGAGAUGUGCUGAAAUCGGACUUGCCGUUCUUGGAUGCUUGUGUGGCAAAUCUGCCUUAUCAGAUCUCUUCACCUUUUGUCUUCAAGCUGUUGCUGCACCGACCUUUUUUCAGAUGUGCUGUACUUAUGUUUCAAAGAGAAUUUGCUCUCCGCCUAGUUGCAAAACCUGGAGAUAAAUUAUACUGCAGACUCUCGAUUAAUACACAGCUGCUGGCACGAGUGGACCAUCUAAUGAAGGUUGGGAAGAAUAAUUUCAGACCACCACCCAAGGUGGAGUCCAGUGUUGUAAGGACAGAACCAAAGAACCCACCGCCACCUAUCAAUUUUCAGGAAUGGGAUGGUUUAGUAAGAAUCACUUUUAUUCGGAAGAACAAGACACUUUCUGCUGCGUUCAAAUCAAGUGCAGUACAACAGCUGUUGGAAAAAAAUUACAGAAUUCACUGUUCAAUGAACAAUAUUACAGUACCCGAAGAUUUCAGCAUAGCAGAUAAAAUACAGCAGAUCCUAACCAGCACAGGUUUUAGUGACAAGCGGGCCAAUUCCAUGGACAUCGAUGACUUUAUCAGAUUGCUACAUGGAUUCAAUGCAGAAGGCAUCCAUUUUUCCUAGCUAUUUGGAAAACAAUUUUUCAAGACCAAGAAAAAAAUGAGUUUGUUUCUAGUAUUUGAGAAGAGCUAUGCUUUUGUUCCAUCGGGACAUAACUUGCUUUGUUACUUUUAUUUAAUACUACUGUUGUACCAUUUAUUAUCCUGUAUUUUUAAG